AUGACGUGGGAGGAUGCUGUCAGGAAAUAUCAUAGGUCUCACAGUCCCAGCAUCCAGGAUAUCGCCCCGUCUAUGGCUGGCCAGCGGCCGCUCAGCCCAGCGCCGGCCCUGAACAACAACAACGUGAAGUCAAUGUUUACACAGGACCCCGAGGAGAUGGAGAUAGACUCCCCGACGCCUCCUGGUGGUCACCGACUUAGCGAGUCCCGUAUUCGCACGCCACUCCCGACCGGUCCCAGGCUCGACAAGCCCCCAGUCUUGCCUGGAAUUGAUAGUCUCAAAUCUGACUUACAGACCAAUGUUUCGAGAAUUCUGUCCACCCCCAGUCGGAGCCGCUACUCAAGUGCACAGGCCUUGCUUCUGUACUGGCAGGACGACCCUGAUUUCAGUGUUGGGAGCUCCGUCAAAGAACUUGGAGAAGUUUUCGACCAGUAUUACCGGUAUACGUUUUCGAUCACGACUAUUCCGUCUGCUUCUGAGGCUUGCAAAAGCCCGUGGAGAUGGCUCUCGCGCAAAAUUACCGACUUUGUGGAGGAUCGUGAUCAACGGGACGUUCUAAAGAUUGUCUACUACAACGGCCAUUCCUACUUAGACGGCAACCGGGAGAUGGUGCUCGCCAGCUCAAAAGAUAAGGACAAGGCCGAGACUAUUCGUUGGAGUGGUAUUCAGCAGGUGCUUGAGGAGGCAUGUUCAGACACCCUAAUUGUGAUGGACGCCGCAUUCUUUCCAUCUUCCAAAAUGCAUCGCCAACAAGGUGUCUUGGAAUUGGUGGCUGCUGCUGUAUCCGAGGAGCACUUCGAUGCCCUGGAUCGAUGCACGUUUACCAAAGUUCUUACCGAGCACCUAAAGACACGCGCCUCUCAACGAUUCACGAGCCCCUUCUCCGCAGCAGAGCUUCACUCGAAACUGCUGUCCAAUUAUCCUUCCCUCGUUCAGGAUAGGAACCCUGAAAAGGAAACCAUCACGAGCUUUCCGUCUCCGCUCCACAUGCAAAUGUCUGGAAAUGCUCGACUACCCUCGAUUCUUCUCGCACCUCUCAACAUUGGUCCCUUGAGGACGAGCCUUCCGUUCGGCACAGAAGGUCAGCAAUUGGUACUGUCAUUCCGGAUAGGAGACGAACCGAUCGACAUUGAUAACUGGACGGAGUGGCUGAGAAUGAUGCCCGAGGGUGUCAAGGAUGUGAGGGUUGACGGCCCUUUUCGACCGUCAAGAUAG